AUGGUGAACACACUCCCUUUCGGCGAUACCCAUGUUGCAACACCCGGCUUCGGUGCUAUGGGUCUAAGCUCUGGCCUAGGAAGUAAUCUUAGCUUGGAGGAAGCUGAACCGGUUUUACUGAAGGCCAUAGAGCUUGGAUGUACCUUCUGGGAUACUGCAUCCGCAUAUCGAGCCGGUGUUAACGAGAAGCUUUUGGGAGACUUCAUUCGCAAACACAAUGCUCGCGAUAAAGUAUUCAUUGCCUCAAAAUGCGGCUUUGACGUAUUUGGUAGUGGUGGCGUCACCAAUUCUGCCUCUCACAUCAAGGAGUACAUUGCAGGCACCAUUGAUAGGCUCGGCUUUACUCCCGAUCUAUAUUACCUCCAUCGAAUAGAUCCUAGUACUCCUUUGGAAGAAUCCAUACCGACUCUCGAUGAGCUCCGAAAGACGGGUAAAACCAAGUACAUUGGUCUUUCGGAAUGCUCUGCCAACACCUUACGUAAAGCCAAUUCAAUUGCCAAGAUCGAUGCUGUACAGGCGGAGUACUCGGCUUUUGAGACAUUGCACGAAACCGAUGGCUUGAUUGACACAGCUAAAGAGUUAGGAGUAGCCUACGUCGCCUUUAGUCCCUUGGGUCACGGGUGGCUUGUCGAUGAAUUUCCCUAUAAAUCUCCCAACGAUUUUCCGGCUGAUGACUUCCGCCGUCGACUUCCAAAAUUCCAAGGUGAUAACUUCUACAAAAAUUUGGCUAUUGUGAAAGAGAUAAAAAAGCUCGCUACUCGAAAAGGCUGCAGUACUACUCAGAUCGCACUCGCCUGGGUUGCUGCUCAGGGGCUAAUUGCUAUUCCGGGUACUACCAAAGCAAAGCGACUAGAGGAGAAUUGGGCAUCAAGGUAUAUUGAUCUGACAGAAGAAGAGAAGCAGGAAAUGCGACAGAUUAUUGAUGCUGCCAAGCCUCAUGGGAACAGAUAUUCUCCCGAACAGCAGGCAACAGUCGGACAUUGA